AUGGGAUUCUCAUCCCGGUAUCUCCGCAUUCCGCGGCCAGAGUCCUUUCUCUAUGUAAUGAGCCUCGAGACAGGCGCGUCGCUGAUUACCCUGUCGCUACUACUCAACAAGAUCAGUGGCCUAUAUGGCCUGCUAGCCCUGUUGACAGGCUACCACCUGUCCCCGGUUCAGCUGUCUAUGUACCUUUACUCCCUCAUCGCCCUCGCCCUCGCCGCUCUGCUCUUCCCGCACAUCCGCAAGCAAUCACCACUCGAGUGUCUCGCUCUUGCCUGGCUGUACCUACUCGACAGUCUCAUCAAUGCGGCCUAUACUGCAGCCUUUGGUGUGACGUGGUUCCUUGUCGUAUCUCAGCAUUACGACAGUGGCAAGGUUUCCGGUCCAGGCAGCGAAACGAUUGCACAGACCGCCGGCUUCACCAGCCCCAAGUACGAUGCCGCCUACGUCGAAAUCCAAAACACAAAGGAGGGCAAUAACUUCAUCGCCCAUCCAUCUCGUAGCGCCGACCCCCUCAGCAAUGCCGUCUACCAGCCCGAAAGCUUCCAAAGCAUCGUCUUUAUCUGCCUGUUGUGGGUAAUGCGCGUCUACUUUGUCCUCGUGAUGCUUGCUUUUGCUCGCCAGACCCUUCGCCUCUGGGUUGUCAUUCCUCGCCACACACAACUACCCACCCAUAGCCGCAAUGUCUCGGUCGCAAGCGUUGCCGACAUCGACCGGGAGCCUUUCUCGGGAACCAGCCCUGAAGGCCAGGGAUGGAAGGGCAAGCUUGGUCGUGUUAUGGUCGGUAUUGGUCGCAGUUACUGGCUCGGUGAAGAGGAGGAGGGCAACUGGCUGGGAAAUUUGGGUCAAAAAUUCCGUAACCGCACCACCAACAGCACGGAACUGCCCGGUCCUUUGGAGCGUGAACGCAGACGUCGCUCGGGAACUGGUCCUCCUCAGCCAUCUCCAUCGAUCGUCCGGGACGCCACACUUCAACAACAAACCAUCCACGAGCAUGUUCCUGGCAUGAAUGUGAAGAUGCAGGACUGGAGUGAGCCUCGCUAA